UUUUUUAAGAAACAAAACACCCAUACAUAGGUCUCUCUCUCGGCAGAUAGAUUUUUUUUAUUAAACACUCUCACAAUUUAACAAAUAAAAAAGACGCCGAAGUAGUUACGUUUUUUUAUUGCUAUAACGUAGAAUAAGAGACGCAUCUUUUGUUUUGCAACGUGUACGUACGUGGUCUAAUAACUAAGGUAAAAGCAAGCGAAGCGAAUGCAAAAGUGAAAGUCCCAGAAAAAGUACAAAGAGAGAUAGAGAGAGAAAGAAAGAGAGAGAGAACGGUGAAAAAGAGCCUGGGUGAGAGAAAAACGAUUUUUUCAGAGAACAACGCGGAUUUUCGUACAUUUGCUGAGCGUGUGCGUGUGUAUGAGUGAGUGAGUGUGUGGACUGGACAGACAGGGAAACGUGUGAGCUGAGCAAAGCAAAGCAGAGCAGAGUAGAAAAGAAGAACCUGCCGAAAAUAAUUUGAAAGCAGAAACGCAACGCAGCGCAAAGGCGACGGCGCCAAAGGCAAUACAAGAAAAACGAGGAAACGAGCGAGCAGCAGCAACAACAAUUGCAAAAACACCAGCAUAAUAGCAACAACAACAAGAACAACAACAACAACAAUAACGAGCAAAAGAAGACAGCGCGCUGCCGAAGACCGUCAAAAUUCUCAGCCACAGCCAGCACCACCACCACAACCACACACCACCUUACAGCACCUGCACCCUAUUAGCUGCCACCACGCUCCACCACAAACAGCCAGCAGCCAUUAUGUUCGUCAAUUCGAUGACGUUCCGUGGAAAUCCGGCUAACUACCAUCAGCAGCAGCCGACGCUUAAUCAUCAUACGCUCGCUGCUGCCGCCGCCCAUCAUCAGCAGCAGCUGCAUCAUCAUGCCGCUGCCACCGCCGGCCAUCUCGGUCACGGCAUCUCUGGCGGCGGCCAUGCCGCCAGUAAUCAUUUGGCGGCAGCCGCCGUGCUCGGACGCCAUGGACAUGGCUCGCUGAAUGCAGCUGGCGGCGGUGGAGGCGGUCACACAUCGGGCUCAUCGCAUUCGAGUGGCGCGUUGGCAGCGGCCAGCGGAAGCAGCGGCGGCAGCAGCAAUAGUUCACCGGAUAGCGGCAAGAUUUACAUCAAGAAUCUGGAGCGUUCGAUUGAUAACAAGGCAGUGUAUGAGACAUUUUCGGUGUUUGGCAACAUCCUCAACUGUAAUGUGGCCAAGGAUGAGGAGGGCAACUCUCGUGGAUAUGGCUUUGUACACUUCGAUACGGAGGAGGCCGCUCGGGCGGCCAUUGAGAAGGUCAAUGGCAUGCUAUGCAAUAAUCAGAAGGUGCAUGUGGUCAAGUUUAUACCACGGCGGGAUCGCGAACAGGAGAAGGCCACCCAUUUCAAGAAUCUGUAUGUGAAGAAUCUAAGCGAGGAGUUCACCGAGCAGCAUUUGCGUGAAAUGUUUGAGCCUUAUGGUCGCAUCACCAGUCACAAGCUCAUGCUAGAUGAGGAGGGACGCUCGCGCCGUUUUGGAUUUGUGGCAUUCGAGAAUCCACAAUCGGCGCUGGCCGCCGUCAUUGGAUUGCAUGGCAAGCAGCUGGGUGACAACAAGUUCUUGUAUGUGGCACGGGCACUCAGCAAGAACGAGCGACAGCAGGAGAUCAAUCGCAAGCUGGAGGAGCGUAAACGUCAAAAGGCCGGUCAAAUAUUCUACUAUUAAACAAAAAACAAAAACAGCAACUAUUGGCAACAAUAUAAUAUUGGGCUGCCCUUCGUCAUGAAAUCGUAGAGGAGCGCGCGAUAUAAUGGAGAAAAAACAGAAGUUUAUUUAGAGAUACAUCCCCCUUUAACACACACAUACAGCCCCCCUCUAGAUCCUUACAUAUAUAUAUGCAUCUAGCUAUAUAUAUUUAUGAGUAUAUAAUGUGUCUAUAUACUAAAAUACAAAUUAUAUUGUGCAACUAAACAGAGAACAAAACAAAAAAAAAACAGUUGAAGAAAAGGAAAUAAUGCAAUACACAAGCACAGAAGAGACAUGCAAUUACAUUUAGGCAUAGGCAAACCCCCUUCCCACACACCACACACACACACACUUUCCCCCUUUAACAGAAAACAUACUAGCAGCUGAAUUCUGCAGCUGUGUAGAAAAGAAUUGAGUGAAAACCAAAAUCCGAUUUCUAUCGCAUCGUAGAAAUGGUAUUAUGCAAAUUCGCUAGUUUUUCUUUAACUUCCCUUUUCGAUUAGAUGUUUGUCUCUUGUUGAAUUUUGAUGAGGAGAUUAAUGAUGCUUCUAGACAACAAACAGAGUGCGUAAAUGCAAAAUACAAUUCUAAUCCAUAAAUAUUACUUAUAGAACACGCAAUUAGCAAGUGAAAUCUAAGAUCGAGAUCGAUGAGAGACAGAAGCGUAGCUACACCAUGUUCUGCAUAUGGUUGAAAAUAAUGAAUAUUUACACGUACUAUAUUAAUGAAAAACAAAAAAGAAAAAAAACAAAUAAAUGAAAAAAAAAUGCAAAUUACACAAUUGAUGUAAAAUUCUAUAAACAAUUAAAGCACCCACUUUACGUAUAUAAAGGAAACAAAAACAAAAAAAAAAAUACAAAAAACAUUACACGCUGUAGUUUAAAAGCGUUUAUAAUAAUACUCACACAUAUACACAUACACACACACACACACGAACACAAUGUCUAAUGCUAAUUUUUUUAAAAGAGCAACAAUUGAAAAAAAAAAACAAAUAAAAACAGCAGCAACAACAAUAACAACAAGGGAAACUCUUGUGGGCAGUUAUUGUUGUUGCGGCAGUUAACACGACACUUGAAGAGUAUUAAACAUUUUUAGCAAUUACAAAACAUUUUUGUAAUUUAUUGUAAAUUGUUUCAAGUAGCUAAAAAAACAAACAAAAACAAAAAAUAAAUAACAAAAACAUUCAAAACAGCAGCAGGAGCAGACACAAAACCGAAACAAUUCAAAAAGCAAAACAUUAAGUAAAUUACGAAACAAUAUGUAACACAAUAAGGCAAAUGUUUAAAAACAAUUUUAGAAAAACAUAUACACAUAACACACAAACACACACAUAGGAAUGAAACGACAAGAAAAUGAAAAAUGGCGAUGAAUAGCAAAGCGUGUAAACAAAGCUCAGCACAUUUAUAAAUUAACCGGAAAAAGCAAAUACUACAUUAAUAAUUUAAGAUUAUUGAGCUUAAUUUUUAAAACAAAUGGCAAAAACAAAACCAAGAAUAUUUCAAAAAACUUAAAAAACAAAAUGGAAAUCCCCAAAAUAAUAAUUAAACACUCGAACAAAUUUGUAUAGUUAAAAAAACAGAGAACACAUAAACAGAGAAAAACAAAAAAAAAAAAACAA